AUGACCGACCUCGCCAAUGCGGAAUACACACUCUACUCCUCCCCCUUCUCGCUUUACUCUAUGAUGGCCCGCCACACCAUCCAACUUGGUCGUACCACACAUAGUGCAAAGCCACCCAAGGAUAUCACUCUCAAAUUUGUCAACCGCGGCAAGGAGGAGAAUCUGAGCGAGUAUUACCUCACCAAGGUGAACCCGAAAGGCCAGGUCCCUGCCAUGACCGGGAAUGUUCUCAAGCAACCACUUACCGACAGUAUAUCUAUCUCACUUUACCUGGCCGAGAACCAUUACCCAGACUUGUUGCCAGAUGAACAUGCUGCUGUCAUUAAGGACCUUCUGCAAAGGUUUCAUUCCGUCUAUGGCCUCUCGUUCAGCAACAAAAACCCGACACCGGAGAUGAUACAGCAUAAUCCUUCACCAGUGGAGGAUUUCCUUAAAAGGACUGAUAUCAGUCCGGAAUACCGAAAGGCUCUUGAGGCUAAGCUCAAAUUCCACAAUGAAAACAAUGGCAUCGCCUUCCAUCCGGAUGUUGUAGCCAAGGCUCGUGCAGAUCUUCGAACCAUCUUUGCAGAGAUCAUAGAGCUCCGCAGGCAAAGCGGCGCCUUGAAAACCCCCGCUGAAUGGAUCUUUGGCAACAAGGUUGGUCCAACUGUUCUCGACAGCCACAUGCUGCCGCUUGUGCUUCGUUGCAUUGAAGUCGGCAAUGCCGAGCUUGUUCCUCAGGAGCUGCAGCUGUGGGCCAAAACUAACGAAAAGAGUCCCACAUGGGAAAAGGUGAUGCACGGCAGGCCGACAAGGUAUGAUCCUUCUAUGGGACCUGUUGAGGAUAUGCAUGAUAUGAUGUCUCUAUGA